AUGGUCGAGUUGCAGGAGAAACACGAAAAAGAAGUCGAGAAAUUUAAAGCGUCUUACUCAAGAGCACUUGUCGAGAAAUCAGCUGUGCAGGCAGAGCUUGAUGCGGUUGACAAACAGGUUUUCGAACUGCACGCUCGUUUCGGAAAAUUGAGGGGCAUCGUUGAAAACGUCAAGCGAAAUGAACAAGCCCUAAGAAAUACGGUAGCUGAGCACGAACAGCGAUUACUGGAGGAACAAGAGCGCUUUGGACAGCUGAAGGACUGGAGCCAAAAAUUCGUCAACCAAGCAAACGAAACAAUUGCUGAGACAGAAGCGUCUGUCAAUCAUCGGCUUCUUGCGCUGGAGACAGAGAAUAGAAGACUUAAGAUCAAGCAAGAGUCGCUCACUGCCGAACUGCAGCGCAAAAGCGAAGAGGUGAGCGAACUUACAGGCAUCUGCGACGAGCUAAUCACAUCUGCUUCCGCCAACUACUGA